CUGUGAGGGCUGCUGCAUUCGCUUUAACACAUCUAUGCACCGAGAAAAUCAGCCAUAUCAGCCUCGAGAACCCCCAGGGUGGUGAUGAGGUUGCACAGUAUGCGGCCAUGGUGUUGGCGCACUCAGCCCCACCGUGGACGCCUUCUCCUGCAUGGCAGUCUGCCUUCCGGCGCCUGCGCCUGCGCCUCGCUCAAUGUCGACCCUCAGCCUGAUCGUGGUUCAGCUCAACAUGAUCCUUACAACUAUGGAUUAUCUCUCCUAGAUCGAUCAAAUACUGCAAAUGCUUGUGCUCGAGGCAGCAAUCCGUACAUGCCAUCCUUUGCCGAAUCCUUGACUUCCCUCGACAUCCUGCGCUUUGGUUUGGACGGAUUAGGGGCCCUGAUCAGGGAACGGCCAGGAAGCCGUGAAAAUACAAUCGAUCUGGUCAAUAUCUUUAUUUCCCAUACCCUCCUUCUUGGUGCACAAUGGCUGCUGCUACGCCCGGCACUUCAGCUGCAUCUCAUCUUUUCCAAGCCGAGCUGACGAAGUUCAAAAAUCGUCUAAACGAGGAGCAGUUGCGAAGCUUCAAGUGUACAUCCCUAAAUGACGUUAAGGAUGCCAUAAAUGAGAUCCAGAAACGUCAGGAAGCAAAGCGGGAACUACGCAACUUGACUCGCAUUCGGGGCUUCUUGGACGCGAUGAAACAGUUUGGCAAUAUCAUCGAAGUCUUCACCAAUACUAGUGAUUUCGUCGCUUUUGUCUGGGGCCCCCUAAAGUUCAUCCUUCAGGUAUCCAGCGCGUGGGCAAAUUCUCUCGAUAAGAUUUUGGAGGCAUACGAGCAAAUUGGUGAAGCGUUACCUCUGCUCGAGCAAUAUCUGUCACUUUUCCAGCAGCAUCCUGAGAUGCAGAGGGUGCUUGCCAUGAUGUACAAGGACAUUCUUGAAUUUCAUCAGCCCGCACUUCGCUUUCUCAAUCGUUCGGGCUGGCGACAGCUUUUUCCAUCCGCAUGGGGUGACUUCAAGACAAAGUUUGACGGGAUCCUUCGCAACCUUGAUCGGCACCGACGAUUGAUUGAAUCACAGUUCAACCUGCUCCAGGCGCGCCAGCACGAAGCACAUCACACAGAUUUACUUAAUGAAAUUCAGAAUCUAGAGCAGCAAGUGCGAAAGGCAGGAGAUUCGCUUAAGAGCAGGGAAGAAAGUCGUCAGGCCGAGCGGCUGUCCGGGAUACGCGACUGGAUCGCGGGGAACAAUACUAGCGACUCCCACGAAUUGGCUUUGAGAGACCGUGAAGACUAUGCUCAGACGGGACUCUGGAUCACACAGAAUGAAAAGGUCUCUAGCUGGCUCACAGACGACCUCCCCCGGUCUUCAAUUCUGUGGAUGCAUGGCAUUCCAGGUUCAGGGAAAACCAUCCUGGCAUCGAUCAUUAUCGAAGCUUGCCUAAAGCAGCAGCAAAGCAAAACAGCCUACUUUUAUUGCAGACAUGAUGACAUUGGUACCACCAAUUGUGUUUCAAUCUUGAAAGGUCUUCUUGCUCAACAGAUAUAUUGGUAUCCGGUUCUUGUCCCUUACUUUAAUGAACAGCGGCUUCAGAGAGGCGAAGCUGUCCUGACAUUCGAUAAGACCGCAAAGAAUCUGUUCGAGACCGUUUGCGAAGAGGGCGAGCGCCAGUACAUCGUUCUCGAUGGUUUGGAUGAAUGCCGGCCCGAGGAACGAAAGUCGAUAUUGUCGUUUCUUACGUCCUUAGUCACCCGAAUUGACGGCAGGAACCCCUCAAAGCUACGCGUCCUCAUUGUCAGUCAGGAGGAGCCUGAUAUAAGGAGAUGGUUAUCAUCGGCGGAAGAGUUUGCACUCAAACGCGAAGACAACAGCCAGGACAUACGAACAUUUGUGCAAGCACGUAUAGCCAAAAUUCAGGAAAAGUUUACACUCAGUGUCGAGGCAUCAAACCUAUUAGCGGAGCAUACAUCCCGCAAUGCAGCAGGCCAAUUUCUAUUCGCCAAACUGGUGCUAGAACACCUUCUUUCUCAAGUCAACCUCAGACAAUUUAAGCGUGAAGUUGAAGCGGAGCAUUUUCCGAAGAAGUUGGAAGAAGCGUACGAUCGCAUCAUUGAACGCAUCAAGCUGCGACUUCAGGACCACGAGUGGGAUUUUGUGCAACAAUUUCUAGGGUGGAUGACUUGCGCAGCUCGACCGCUCAAGUGGCACGAAAUUCAAGGUGCGAUGGCAAUAUCAGUCGACGAGCAGGAAGUAGAUUUCCAGGAAGGUCGCAUCCGAGAGACAGCCCAGGACCUGUGCGGGCCAUUGGUCACUGUACAUAGGGACCGCGUAAUUCUCGUGCAUAGCACCGCCAAGAGAUUUAUCACGGUGACGAAGCAUGUCGACCUUCUGGCCGUGGAAUCCAGAUUUGCGAGCUUGUGUCUGGAAUACCUCGCUUUCCCCCACUUUGACGGAGAUGUCAAGGUGGAAAACGUACUCAACGGGUCCUAUGCUUUUGCGGACUAUGCAGUUGCUAAAUGGAUCUAUCACUUCGACAAGAUACUCGGUCAAUUUGCCAGUCAAGUCGACGCGAUGCAAUCUGACACGUACGAAGCUGUGGUACAGGAGCUCUGUGAAGCAGUGGAGAACAUGGUUCGGGAGUGUGCGGACGACCUUCGAGGCAGUCACGCUGAGGCCGAAGCGUCGCAACUGAAAGCCAGGCUGAAGCCCGAGGUCUGCCGCCUGCUUACGGAUUUUGAAGGCGCCGAAGAUGGAUUUCAGUCAUUGUGGCAUCACGUCGAGCUGCAUCGGACCAGAGACUUUGACAAACGCAACGAAAUCAGUUUAGACAGGCUGAAAACUGCGAUGGCCAGCAUUCGGAAGUUGCUGGAGGAGCUCUCUACAGACAAAGGCUUGCAGGCGGAAGCCCAUGAGCGGCUGAAGUCAUACUACGGUUCCAAGUUUUUCCGAUGCUCGAAAACCACUUGCUUCUACUUCCACGAAGGGUUUACCGAUGGGAGAACGAGAGACAAGCAUGUGGGCAGACACGAUCGACCAUAUCAGUGCACGGCAGAAGAUUGCGACGUGGCCGACAUGGGAUUCGGAACGAAGAAAGAACUCGAAAAUCACAUGCACAACUUCCAUCUAGACGCCGAGAUGAAAGCCCAGAUCUUCAAGGAAUUGAAGCCAGCGACACCCAGCCACGCAAAGUUUGGCUGCGGACAGUGUGGCAAGAGUUUUGUCCGCAAGGCUAUAUUGCGAGACCAUGAACUGGCGCACAGCGGUCAAAAGCCGUUCCCGUGUGCAACGUGUGGCAAGGCUUUCACUAGGAAAAAUGAUUGCACGAGGCAUGAGAAGAUUCACCUGAACCGACGAUGAGGUCAAGGAGAAGUUGUUUGGAGAUAGGUAGUUACUCAUUUUUGGGCAGUUAGGCUGAAUUCGAG